AUGGUUUGGAACCUUCAAACUCUUCCUCUCAAGCUUGAAACACCUGUCCCUUCCGACAUAGCGAUUUCGCGCAGUCAAACCCCGAAGAAUAUCGAACAGGUACGCAAUUUACUCUAUUGUUAUUCGAAAGAGAAUAAGAACGGCUUAAAGGCCUCUGUUCUGAAUUCCCUCCCAUUUCUCCCAGUAUCAGCAUGUCAUACUCUGUUCCCAUACGGGUACAAAAUGUUCAUCGCUAUCCUCUUAAUCGACUGUUAUGGUGGUAAUACAGAACGUUAG